CGUUCUAGGAAUCGCAACCCACGUGACCGAAGAGCAAGCGAGAGAGAGAGAGAGCGCGAGAAAGACGCGGAGGGCGGGGCCUGACGUAGAACGCCCAGAGCAGGUGGCCUUCCGCAAGCCAAUCGAAACGCGCCGUCGGUAAGGGCGCCGCCCAAUCGGCGGCCGGCACGGGCUCCGCGGGGUUCCCCGGCUCGCUAACGUUCGCUUCCUGGAGCGCCGAGGCCCGCCCCACCCCUUCGCUCAGCGCCCCUCCCACGCGAUUCUGCUGCCGAUUGGGCAAACUGAGGGACAGACCGGGGCGUGCUCCAAUGGGCGGCUGAUUCUUCCGGGCUCGCUCUGAGGCGAGCCAAUCAAAGGGCGCGUCCCCGGGCGGUUGUAAAGGGGCGGCUGAGGGGGCCGUUGCCACGUCUGUUGGGCGGGCGAGGGCGGUCGCGCACCGGCCCCGGCCCCGGCCCCGGCCCCGGCCCCGGCCCGGGAUGGUGGCCCGGCGGAGGUGAGGUGGGCGCCGCGGGGCCCUGGGCUGUGGAGAGGCGAUGGCGGCGGCGCUGCGGGCCGCCCUGCUGGGCGCGGCGCUGGGCUGCGCGGCCGCGGCGCUGAUCCCCGCGGCUGACGUGAAGGUGGAGGUGCUGCAGAAGCCGUUCCUCUGCCACAGGAGGACGAAGUGGGGGGACAUGAUGCUGGUCCACUACGAGGGCUACCUGGAGAGGGAUGGCUCCAUGUUUCACUCCACUCACAAGCAUAAUAAUGGUCAACCUAUGUGGUUUACUCUUGGCAUAAGGGAAGCUAUCAAAGGCUGGGAUAAAGGUUUGAAGGACAUGUGUGUGGGAGAGAAGCGGAAGCUAACUAUUCCACCAGCCCUUGCUUAUGGAAAAGAAGGGAAAGGAAAAAUUCCACCUGAGAGCACGCUCAUUUUCAACAUUGACCUUCUAGAAAUUAGGAAUGGACCAAGGUCUCAUGAGUCAUUCCAGGAGAUGGAUCUUAAUGAUGACUGGAAACUGUCCAAGCAAGAGGUGAAAAUUUACUUGAAGAAAGAAUUUGAAAAGCAUGGAGCAGUGGUAAAUGACACUCAGCAUGAUGCUUUGGUUGAAGACAUAUUUGAUAAAGAAGAUGAAGACAGCGAUGGGUUUAUAUCUGCAAGGGAAUUUACGUACAAGCACGAUGAGCUGUAGAAAAGGGUGGCAUAAUUUUUUUGGCACAAAUGGCAGUGACUUAGGCUGUCUGGUUCUCUUGUCAUCUUAAUUCUGUGUUUUGGAGUUGACAGCUGCUGUUGGUAAAGAAACACUUGGUUUAUAUAAAAAUUUCUGUUCGUUAUGUACAAAUGUUUUAAAUGAUUUUAAAAUAUGAAAAUGUACUUUUAUGCAGCAAAGACUUGCACAUCAAUGUUUUUAAAAUUUUGUAUUAACUUAUUUUUCAGAAAUGAAACAAACUUUCUGGUUAUCAAACAUUGUGAAAAUCAAAAUCCGGUUCAGUGCCUUUGUGAUUUGUGUGUUAAGAUCACUUUCAGUGACUCUUUGACAUUCCUUCUUGUGUGUCACUGCUUAAAAAGCAGUCACCUUGCAUUUUUUUUCCUGCAGAUUUUUAAAAGAUGUACUAGAAAGUAUCAUCUCUAUUAUGCUGCUGAGAAACUGAUAAAAAACUGAGUGAGUGACUAUCCUGUGCUGAUUUUACUCUUCUAAAGGGAGAGUGUUACCAACCAUGCCAAUAAUAGUCUGCAUUUUUCUUUAAUUUAUGUGAACAUAGUAGGAGUUAAAUGUCAGCCUUUCACUUUUAAUGUCAGCAACAUUCUAGGAAAUGUCUGUAAUUUGGAAAAUGGCAAGUUAUGCUGCAGUGCAGAGGUGGUGUCCUUUGCACAUACACACACAUCUCUUCUGAAAGUUGGGGCUUGCAUUGAUGAAGAAAGAUCAUACCUUUCUCCUCAAAUUUUGAGGGGUACCUUGAGCAAAAUCUUACAAGUCUGAGGCUUUGCCCAUUUGGUGAAGGGGAAGAGCAUACCAGCAGGAGAAUUAGUAUGGUCUGAAGAACAAUUUGCAUUGGUUUGCCUGCUUUCCAACUGCCUGAGUUGCAGAACUUGUUUCAUCUUUGCCACUUUGCAGUAUUUGCACAAGUAGCCCACAAAUGAUGUGACUUUUUAGAGAAACAGAGGCCUGAGGUAAAUGUUACAGUGCUGUGUCUUUACAGAGGUGGAGACCAUGAGGAUUUCAAUUCUGUUUUAACUGUUUCUGGAAAGGAAGAAACACUGCAAUUAUUCCUGGGGUUUUUUUUCUAAAUGACAGGGCAAGGUAUCUCAGGGAAGGAGUUAGCCUGUGUUCUGGUACUGCUAAUAUAUGGGUGUCUGAACACAGUGUUUUACUUGAUAAAUGUUGUUCAAGGCUACGUAGGGACACAAAGCAAAUCCAGUUGUAUGAACUCAAGAUUGCUGCAUUGCACUAAUCCUUAAUUUAGAGGAUUACUGAGACUACAUUCAAGGUUUCAAAGCUGUACAUGAGCUAGAUGUUUUCCCUGCCACCUAGUGUUGCAAGGAAGUAUUAGAAGACAGAGUUCAUCUGCAUAUGGACACUGUAGAUGGCUGUCAGCAGUGACUGCUUUGGGAAAAAGGGUAUUACUGAAGGUAUGCAGUAGUGGGGAGUUUUGUGGUUUUUUUUUUUUUUUUUUUCUUCCAACAUCUAGCAUUUUGUGGCCAAUGGCCUAUGUGAUAUGGAAUUGUAGCCACAUGUUUUGUUUUCAGUAACCUUUAGGCGUUUUUUUCCUCAAUGAUGCCAUCUAGUUUUCUUGAACCCCUUUAUACUUUUGCUUCCCUAGUGUUCUGUGGCAGUGAGUUUCACAAUAGAAUAGUGCAGUAAAAUACCUCCCUUUAGUUUUAGGCUUAUUGUCUUGUGAGGAAAUAAUGAAUAAUCGUUGCCUAUUUAGCUACUCUUGAUUUUUGCAUACUGAUAUUUUUUUUCUCAUUGCUUAUGAAAGUUAAGCUUGCCUGACUUCAGCUUUCCCAAGGUUGCUUGGGUAUUCUGUGCUGGGUAUCUUGAUAUCCUCUGUGGUCACCAGAGUGUUAGGCACCUGGGGGCAACUCAUCACAUGUAUAUUGUUCACGUAGUAUUGGGAUAGGUGCCUUGUCAAAUAGUUUCAUGUCUUUCUCCACUGACUACAUGGAAAGCCUGGGCAAUUACCAUGGCCUAGGCAGAGGUGGGUUAAUAAGGUACAGAAUUGACCCAUAAUUGACCCUAGCAUGUGGGAACUGGCAGGUACCCAACAAGCCAAAGGGGGAAUACUCUGUGUGUGUGCUGUGGGAAGGAACAGAACUGAGACUUGCAUUGUGUCUGUCAGGGUUUUAAAUGAUUGUUUGCAGUGUUUAGCAUGUUCUCCAAACAUCGGGCUGGAGAAUGAAAGCAUAAAAGCAUGAAAUAAAACCUGGCCCCGAUUACUGACCAAAUAUAUAAAAAGUUAAGCUUAAAUAACGGGGUGCCAGUAUGUGCCUUCAGUGAGGGCCAACUGUUGUUUUCUUUGUAUUAGUUAGGAGUUCGGAGUCAGUGAAUGCUGUGAAAUGUACAUAUGCAUUAUCUUCUGCUUGAGGUUUUAAAGCAUUUCAUAAAAAUAACUUUCAGUGAACACGUAGUUAAUUUGUUAAUGCCAGCAGAAUAUUAAAGCUGCAGGACCAAGAUACUUUAUUUGGUAUUGUGUGUAGGUUUGUGCUAGAUGAGUGGAUGGGUUUUGUUCUUAGUGCUUUUCUUGGUAGCUGUGUUAAACUUCUGAAAUUGAACUAAAACCAAAUAAUUUAAAAAGUACAGAAACAGCAGCAGAUUUGAGAAGCCACUUCAGCUUUACUGUUUGCUAUUGAUAAAGUCCUCCUGUGAAGAUGAAGGGAUUUCUUAGGUAGAAAUAGCACUGCCUAUCUUAACCUCAAUUGCAUCUGCUUGUUAAUCCACAGGGCAUACUGCUGCAGUGCCAGCAGGAGCCAGCUAGCUGCCUGCAGAAGAGGAGAGACAGGCAGCUGCCUGUCCCUGGAGGGGAAAAGGAAUAUUGGAACUUCUGUGGCACUUGGCAACAUUUUGGCUGGUUUUCUGUCAAGUGCAAGGUGUAUUUCCCCUGAAGAAUCAAACCCUCAUUGCAUGUCUGUAAAACACAGCACCUGAAAAAUAGAGAGGGCUCAAAACAGAGCACUUUCCUCCUGCAGCUUAUAGUCUUCUUCACAGGUUUCUUGUUUUGUGGUUAUAUGUAUUGAUGAUUUUUAGAACUGCAGCCUGUCAUUCACAGCCACUACCUAGCAAUUACAGUGAGAUUUGCUGCCUUAUGUAGGUAAGAAGCAGCCUUCAGAGCUUAUUCUAUUUGAAAAUUCUUGAUAUGAAAUGCAGUGACACAAGAAAGCUUUUGGCAAAGCUUUAGGAAUGGUGCUUAUGGUCUGAAAUGUUUUUUAAAGCUUUCUUCUUUGCGAUCAACUGACAAGGCAAACAGUGAUGAAAAUGAAGGAA